AUGAUUCCUAAGAACUCCUUCCUUAAGAUUGUUGACAACUCAGGUGCUCGACUCGCCCAGGUCAUUGGCUUCUAUGGGCAACAAGGCAGUUAUGCAAGCAUAGGCGACGUCGUAAAAGUUGUUGUUAAAGAGGCUCGUGGGGAGAAGGUCGAGGCAGGGACGAUGCGGAAGGCCGUUAUCGUGGAACAGAAGUACCCGUUCCAUCGUAAGAACGGAAGUCACAUCCAAUAUCUUCGCAACGCCGCGGUUCUCCUAAGUGAGAAAGGCCAGCCUAUUGGUAAUCGUGUGAAGUCAUUACUCAGCCCGGAGUUCAGCAAGCCAAGAUGGGCCAAGCUGCGGUCGUUAUCCAAGCGCUUGUUCUAG